AGGAGACGCUGACGGCCGUGUAUGACGUGUGCACGUCGCGUCAGCUGUUUUGUGUUUACCUCGGAUUGUAUGGGGGUUUUUUUCUAUCUUUGCCAGAGUCAAGUUCAAACGCUGUUGUUUUGUUGUAUUUUAUCAUUUCCUAGCGAAAUGUAGGAACGCGGCGAGUGCACGAUCGAGAAGCAAAACACACUGUGUUAAGCCUCUGUCCGCUCUAACCCCAGACACACUCUUUCAUUCACCAUGGGUGGUGCUGUGAGUGCUGGAGAGGACAAUGAUGAACUGAUCGACAACCUAAAGGAGGCACACUACAUUCGUUCAGAGUUAGUAGAGAGGGCUUUCCGGGCCAUCGAUCGUGCUGAUUACUAUUUGGAGGAGUACAGGGACAGUGCCUACAAAGACCUGGCCUGGAGACAUGGCAACCUGCAUCUGUCUGCUCCCUGCAUCUAUUCAGAAGUGAUGGAGGCACUGGAGUUGCUGCCUGGCCUUUCAUUCCUAAACCUAGGCAGUGGGACAGGCUACCUUAGCACCAUGGUGGGCCUCAUCCUUGGUUCAUUCGGAGUGAAUCACGGCGUUGAGCUGCAUGCAGAUGUGGUGGAGUAUGCCUACCAGAAACUCGACUACUUUAUCAAAACCAGUGACAGCUUUGACAGGUUUGAGUUCUGUGAGCCAUCGUUUGUGGUGGGGAACUGUCUGGAGAUUCCUCCAGAGAGCCGCCAGUAUGACAGAGUGUACUGUGGGGCUGGAGUGCAGAAAGAAUAUGAGAACUACAUGAAGAACCUGCUCAAGGUCGGAGGCAUUUUGGUGCUGCCUUUAGAAGAGAAGUUGACCAAGAUCACACGCACGGGUCAGAACUCCUGGGAGACAAAGAAAAUCAUAGCUGUGACUUUCGCUCCUCUUGUGCAGCCCAAACAAAGCAUUAAUGGAAGAGGCAAGAGUGUACCACUACCCAUUUUUGAGGUGCGAACCCUGCAAGAUUUGGCACGCAUCUCCAUCCGCCAUACCUUGCGCCAGCCAAUGGAGAUGACAGAUGACCAUUCCAAAAGGCGGGUAUCAUUCCCUGGAGCUCGCGCCAUGCACCGGUAUGGGCCUCGCUUCGAACGCCGCCGUUUCUGUCGCCGCUUCUACCGCCAGUGCAUCAGCUCUACAAUCCUUCACGAGUCCAUGAUGCCGAUGGCCACAGAGGACUGCAGCUACCCAGGAGGAGUGGAAGAAGAGGAAGAGGAGGAGGCUGAGGAGGAGAGAAACUUCCACCAAACAGAGGGAGACCUGCAGGAAGAGGAUGAAGAGGAGGAGAGUGCCACUGGUGAGGAAGAGGAAAAAGUCAAGCGAGCUGAGGCACCAGUCAAUCUUCUGAGGCAGAGGAUCCUGGGACUGCCUUUGCCUGAGCCACUCAAGAUGUACCUCUUGUAUUAUCGUGAGAAAUAAGCUCACGAAAGUUAGAGUCUGUAGGCUACAGUGAAUUUUAAAGGACCAGCUCACGAGUCCACCCAUAUUGAAAUCAUUUCCUGUUUUCCCACUGAGACUAGCUGCAUUCUGGGUGCAUGAAGAACUCAUAUGUGUUUCUUGCACUUCCUUGUUACUACUUGUUUGGGCAAUUUCUUUGAGUCUCUUCUGUGAUUUCUCAGUUUAGAAACCCUAGACCCAUUUUACAGUGAAUGAAAACCUGUACAUCAUCUUUAUGAGGCUGCCGGACUACAUCAGAAAGAUUGGAGUGACGCCAUCACCUGACUGACAGCAGCAUUAAUUUUGGAAGCUUGCCAGGAUUGGCGUGGUGGACUAAAACCGUUUGUAUAUUUUUCUAUACGCUUAUGGAAGAUCUUUAUUGUUGAUCUGCUUUCCUUGUUACAGACUCCUCUUAUCAUAAGGCACUAUCAUAAAGUUCCAUUUGCAAGUGUAGUGCUACUGUGCACCUGCAUUUUGUUGUGAUAUGUUUCGACACUGUAUGCUGUGCAAGUCCAUUCAUGUUUGGGGAUACAACUACAUUUGACACGGUCAUUGUGAUGUGAAGUUAAAACAGUUGGUAAGACGUUUUGUGUAGAUGCAUUGCAAUCAUACAUACAUGAGAUGCUUAUGUUUAUGACAUGGAAAUAUUGUCUAGAGCAGUGGUUCUUAAAAUGGGCUCUGUAUAAGUAUGGUUGUGAAACAUAGCUGUGGAGGGGGUCUAUGUGUUUAUUAUUUAUUGACAAACCAUAGUGUAGAGUCAUUUGAAUCUAAUUGGUUUAGUCCAGAUCAAACAAGUAGGUCUAUAAAUAUGAGCCUAAUACAGGCCUUAAAUGUUAGUUCUAAUGAGAAUUCUGGAAUAAAAAAAAAAAAGCUUUUAAACUAUACAUUACCAUACACUUUUUGAUAAAUGUGUUUAAAUAAAUUUGGAGAACCACUGAUCUUGAGAACACAUGAACAUGCUCGCCAAGAUACAAGAUAUAUAUUUUUUUUUUUAUCCCAAACUAGUUUAUAUGUAUUUCAACUACAUAGUAUUUAUAUUUUAAAUGUCACAUGAAGUGCUCAGAAACUGUCCCUACUCAGGAAUAUUCCGGGGUUAAUUUUCAGAGAGGUAUUUGAGUUGACCAAAAAUGAUAUUAAAAAUUAUAUAAUUUUUAUGACCAAAUCCAGACAAGAUUGUUCGAUUUUGUACUAUGCUUACUGUAAAAUAGACUCAACACGUAGAAGUAAAACAUUUUUGGGUUACCAUGCUUGCUUUGCUACUACAGUGUAUUUCCAAUAUUUUAAGUACUUUUGUUUUGUUCUUUUGAUUAUAGACACAUACAUGGAUGCUUAAUGGCUCCUUAAUUUAAAAGAAUUCAUCAUUAAAAGCUGCCUAUAUGCCUGAAAACAGCAUAUCUAAAUAAUAACUUGAAAUGCUUGUGAGAAUUUAGGUCAUGUAUAGACUUUCAAUAAAAUUUAGUUUGCCCAGGCAAUAACUGA